AUGAUAACUACUGAAGAAGCUAGAACGGUAACACUCAUGUCUUCGAUUAUAUUGAAUCGAGGACAAUCAUUUGAAUGGGAUGGAGAAAAGAUCAAACCAACUGUUCAUCAUGUCCUAAAUUUCAAUGUUCUUCGAGAUUGUGAAAAUUUGAAACAUUCAAUGUCUGGAACGAGUAAAGGCAAAGCCCAGCUUAUCGAAUUACUGUCGAAUAGAUCUAGUGAACAACGUGUAGCUAUUGUACAACAAUUUAAAUCAAUGUACGGCACAGAUCUCAUGAGUAGAAUUAAAUCAGAAUUUAAAGGAUGUGAACGAGAAUGUCUGCUGGCGUUGUGUCGUACACCAGCUGAAUUAGACGCUUAUGCGCUAUACAGAGCUAUGAAAGGUCGUCGUAAAGAUGUCGAAGUAAUCACAGAGAUUCUUUGUUCAAGAAAUAAACGACAAUUGAAGAAAAUUAGUGAUGAAUAUGCUCAAGCUUAUCCUGGUCAUGAACUUGAAAAAGAUAUAAGAAAUUCAACAAGUCGUCAUCUUCAACAGAUCUGCAUUGCUAUGCUACAGGCGAAACGAGAUGAUGAAGAGAAUUUCAAUAAAGACAAUGUACGUAAUGAUGUGGAUUGUUUACAAAAAGUGAAGUUGCAAAAUCGUAAAUCCAAUGACUCAGAAUUUACGCAUAUCUUGGUAUCACGAUCAUAUUCUCAUUUACGUUUGCUAUUUGAUGAAUAUCCAAAUAUUGGGAAACAAACUAUUGAGGAUAUGCUUAAAUCCGAAGUACGCGGUAGCACACUGGAUGCUUAUCUUUCAAUAAUUCAAUCGAUAAGAAAUAGACCGAAGUAUUUUGCUGAGAAAUUAGUUAAAGUUUUGUCAAAACGUUCACCUGAUCAUAAAACAAUAAUUCGUAUUGUGGUUUCACGUAGUGAACUUGAUAUGGGUGAGGUGAAAAAAGAAUUUCAUAGUAUGACUGGAAAAACGCUGGAGGCAUAUUUUCAUGAUAAAACAAAGGGCGAUUACAGGAAAAUCUUAUUAGCGCUUGUCGGUGCUUAA